AGUCGACCGCCGGCUCUGCAUUGCGGUGGUCAGAGUUUGAACAACAGUGACUCUGUUAAAGUGAGGAGAUCAAGAUUUUCAAAAGGACCAUAAAUACCGGAGUCAUGCUGUGUCUUGCGCUGCUUUUCGUUUCGGCAGCUGUGGCCAGCCCUCUGUUGGGGACUGAGCAGUGUGCCCGUGGGCCCCCCUACUGGUGUCAGAACGUGAAGACCGCCUCUGUCUGUGGAGCAGUAGUCCACUGCCAACAGAACGUCUGGAACCAACCCCAAAUGAAAACUGUGCCAUGUGAGCUGUGCAAGGAGGUUCUGGUUGUGGUGGAACAGCUGCUGAAGGACAAUGCUACGGAGAGCGAGGUCCUGGGUUAUCUGGAGAAGUCCUGUACCCUGAUCCCUGACAAGAGUCUGUCUGGCGAAUGUAAGGAGAUGGUUGACAGCUACUAUCCCAUCCUCAUGGGAAUCAUCACUGGGGAACUGGAGGACCCCGCUGUGGUGUGUGGGGCCAUGGGACUGUGUAACUCCCAACAGGCCGCUCUGGCCCGGUUCCAGGCUCAGAUCAACUCCAACCACAUCGUCCAGUCCGAGCUGCCUCAGGUUCACCAGACCAAGGAACAUGUUCCCUCAUUCAUCGACAUCCCUGGGCUCCUUUUCAACCAGCAGCAUGCUGCCUCCAAACACGAGGAUGGAGAUGUGUGUGAGGACUGUGUGAAGUUCAUCACAGACACCCAGGCGGAGGCAAAGAGGAACUCCAGCUUCGUCAACUCUAUGAUCGAGCAGAUCCAGAGCCAAUGUGACCUGCUUGGUCCUGGAAUCUCUGACCUGUGCAAGCAGUAUGUCAGCCAAUACGCUCCCCUCAUCGUCCUGCAGCUCAUGUCCAUGGAAAAGCAACCGAAGGACAUCUGCGCUCGUGCCGGCUUCUGCUCCGCUGAGGUCCAGGCCCCUGUUCCAGUGCUGAACCUUGUUCCCGCCAAGUCUGUCCCGGAGGCCAAGUCUGUCCCCAUGGUCAGCAUGUUCCCCGCCACAAAGAUGGAGGCACUCAAGCCAGCAACUAAGAUGGAAGCACUCCGGCCUGCCAAGCAGAACAUGGUCCGGGCUCGCACAUCUCCCCAGUGUGCCAUCUGUGAAUUCGUAAUGAAGGAGGUUGAGAGCAUGUUAGACGAUGAGAAGACUGAGCAGGAUGUGGUCCACGCAGUGGAGAAGGUGUGCUCCGUGCUGCCCGCCUCCCUUUCGGCCCAGUGCCAGGACCUGAUCGAGGCUUACGGCCAGGCCAUCAUCGAGCUGCUGGUGCAGGAAGCCGACCCCAAGACGGUCUGCACUGUCCUCGGGCUCUGCAAGGGCGCCGGCCGCGCCUUCGUCCCGGUGAUGGACAAGUCCAAGUUCCAGGUGGGGGGCUUCUGUGAGGUGUGCAAGCUGGCAGUGAAUUACAUCGACGGAGUCCUGGAGCAGAACGCCACGGAGGCUCAGAUUGAGGACGCCGUCAGGAAAGUCUGCAGCUUUUUGCCCGAGUCUGUCAGGAGUGAGUGUGACCAGCUGGUUCAGCAGUAUGAGCCCAUGCUGAUUGAGCUCCUGCUGCAGAUGAUGGACCCGGACUUUGUGUGCGUGAAGCUGGGGGCAUGUCCAGCGGUGCUGCCGAACAUCCUGGAUUUGGAACCGUGUGUUAUGGGGCCCACCUUCUGGUGCAAGAACAUGGAGACGGCGAGACAGUGUGAUGCGGUGGCUCACUGCCGGAAUCACGUGUGGUAAUUCGGUGAACUUGGAGGAGCAGGAAAGAAGACGACUUACACCAUCUGAACCGUUAGGGAAUUAAGAAAUAUUGUAGCGCUGCUGCUUUUGUUUUUAAAUCAGUUUGUCCUGUUUCUUAAUGUGUAAAACCCCUUUGUAAUUUCUUUUCCUGAUGUAAUUUAAUGAGCCGAUUUUUGAGCCCCAGCCUUCGUUCCCCAGGAGAUUCAGUUUGUCAGGAGAGAUGGUGUCUUUGGGGAAUUAGGGAAUCUACCUAACUUUUAGUUUUAUUGCUAAGACAGACCUACACAGAUUUAGUUGUACUGUACUGAUUCUUUAAUGCACCUGGCUUGUGUAAAGUUGGUCAUGAUUUUAUGUUGCUCGUCUGCUUCCUUAAGGCCGGGCUUGUUUUAGACACUGGUCGGGUCCUCGACUCAACACUUCAAAUGGAAUGCUUUUUUUGUCCAAGACUAGGUUUCAUAUCUGUCCUUCACACUGGCCUGUUUUUUUUAUUAAAGUGCGUUGAAAGACUGGAACUGCUCUUAGUCUUCAGUCAAUGGAUUGGGCUUGAUCCUCAAUGGUACCCUAUUCCCUACUUUCCACCAGGAGGCGGGUCAAGUGUGGCAUGCAGGGUGUCAUUGGGUCCAUUUCCAUCCUAGCCAUUGACUGCAAAUGGAAGAGCCUGCUCAGUGGUACUGCUGUAACCUCCCGGGAUGUUUUCCCAUUUUAACAGACGUCUCCUCGCCUAACGCAAGUUCUCCAUUUUGUAGACCCUGUUCUUGCGUUGACUUCUUCCUGUAUGUUGUGAUAAUUAAGUGGGCUGAAGUGGAGAGGGUAGAAAUCUGGUGUCUGACUUGUCCCUGUACAGCGACUCGGGUGCCAUUUCAGAGGAAUCGCCUUGUGUGUAUUUUGUUGGGUGGUGACGACUAACCCCAGUGGAACUAAAAUGUGUUGAAUCAUGCCUCCGUGCCCUGUUUGUUGGCAGUGGCACGCUAUUCCCUAAAUUGCACUACAUGUCUCAGUUUCUACGAUUGCCACUUUAAAUUGGAAGGAGUGCCCAUGAUGGUGGCCAGACAUAGUGCACCAUUCUAGGGAAAAGGGAGCUAUUUGGGACCGAUUUCAGCCUGUUUGUGUGUCCCUUCUAGAAUCCCUGUCCAGUGCCUCAGCCAAUAUCACUUCAUUACUGCUAAUUGAUGUGUUUAUGUAACAAUCAGACUAUUUUUAACAAUGGAAAUUAAACCACCCCAAACCCA